UCGAGUCAACAAAGAUGGCGUCCAAUGAUGAUCAAUCCUGUGGAAGUAUUCUAGAGCAAACUACUGACAGCAUCAGUCCAACAGAGUCUCCAACAGAGAAUGUUUCACAGAAUGCAUCAGUGCUAGAGGAGGGUGGGUGUGGAACAUGCAGUUCACAAUCAGCCGACACAGACACACCAGCAGACUCUGGCGGGGAUAAUGGCAAUGCAGCCUCAGCUCAAUUAGAAAACUGUGAUAUAGGUGAAACUGUGACAUUCACAGUGAUAUAUAAUAAACAGAAAUAUGAUGUGGAAUUUGGUUUAAAUAAAACUAUUCUGGACUUAAAAAAACAUGUGCAGACGCUAACAGGUGUGCCUUCCACAAUGCAGAAAAUAAUGUUCAAAGGUAUGGCCAAAGACGAUGUGACGUUACAAGAUCUGAAGGUGGUGAAGGGGAGCAAGCUGAUGGUGGUGGGGUCCACAAUGAACGAUGUACUGCAGGUGACCAACACUCCCACCACCAAGGAGCUGCAGGAAGAGGACAAGGCAACAACUUCAAAGGAACCUCUCAGUCAACAGAAGCAACACAAGAAGGUGCUAGACAAGUAUGGCAAGCCUGACGACGUGGUCCCAGGGGUGAAGAACAAGAAGGAGCCCCUCCCCCCAGCCCCCCUCACAGGCAUGUACAACAAGGCAGGGGGCAAGGUCAGGCUAACCUUCAAGCUGGAGCUGGACCAGCUCUGGCUGGGCACUAAAGAACGAACAGAGAAGCUGCCAAUGAAUUCCAUAAAAGCUGUUGUCAGUGAACCAAUAGUCGGCCAUGAAGAGUAUCACAUGCUGGCCCUGCAGUUGGGUCCCACAGAGGCCUCCCGGUACUGGAUAUACUGGGUACCCUCUCAGUAUGUGGACGCCAUCAAAGACACUGUACUAGGAAAAUGGCAAUUGUUUUGAUGUGCUGUGGUGUGCGUGCGUCCAUGGUAUCGUUGGUGCAAAAUCCUGAGCAAAACACUCCGCCUUGUGAUAAAUUGCUGUCAACACAAAGUGCUUGGAUCUAUUAAGUCUUUCAGUUUGUGUAACUGGAAUCUUCUGAUUUGGUAAAAAAUGCAUGCAAACUUACUAAAUAGGUAUGUUUUCAUGGUCUAAAUUGUCUUGUUUCAUAUUCACUAUCCUAUCAUACUGUGAUGAACACCAAUUGUUACUGAUUCCAAUUGUCUUCAUGAUAAUUUGUAUAUGAGCAUCUCUUUUGUUAGGCCUUCAUUAGCUAAUAGUGGUCUCUGUUAAUUAAAACAAAAGCUUACUGUUUCUAUUUUUUUCUGUAAAUUGCUUUCUUUGAAUAUUUUGCUUUAAAUAUUGUUUCUUUCGAAUAUUGACAUGUUGUAAAUGCAUAUGUUUUCAAUUAUGUAUUGUACAGUUUUUUCUGAAAGCUGUUACAUAAUGAAUCAUCAACUAAAUGAACUGCUAGAAUAGAAAUAGAACUGCAACAAUCUGCUUCAAGAACUUAUGAAAGUAGACUUGUGUGCCAACAGCAUUUUGAUGCUGGGGUGUGAUAGUGAUUGUUCUGUGUCUUCAUCAUUUCAUCUGUCCUCACCUUCCUCUGUCUGUGACAGGUUAAGAACUUCUUUGAUACAUACAAAUGUUGCUUAUGAUCCACUCCUUUCCACUUUCACCUUGAUCUUAUUUGGACAUAGGGAUUAUUUAAACCAUCCAUAUGAGACAAAUUAAGUCAAUUUUUUAUGCACUUAAGGAGGGCAUAUAGUGAUCGCACUGUCCGUCACACUUUUGCGUUUAGGUUUUGAAAAAUGCUCAUAACUUCUAUGUUGCUUCAGAUGUAACCUGUAAAUUUGGUAUGCAUGUGUAUAUGGACAAGGCCUUUCCAUACGCACAAAAAUGUUGACCCCUUUUGACCUUGAACUUAGGGUAUGUGUUUAGGUUUCGAAAUCUGCGUUUAGGUUUAGAAAGAGCAUUUUUGGGGGGCAUAUGUCUUUCGAUGGAGACAGCUCUUGUUAUAUUUGUCUAGCCCCAUUACCACUUCCUAGAGCUCUUUGAAUUUACACAGUUGUUGUUUAUGACCAUUCCCUUCCCAUGCAUAUCCCAUGACCUACACUUUGACCUUGUCAUAGAAAUUGAGCCAUAAUAAUACCCAGCAUCAACUGGGGUCAUGUGUUCUCAAAUAGAUAUUCUUGUUUAUUUUUAAAAUCUGCAACCUUUUUUGUUUAAAAAAAGGAAUAUAAAUUUAAUGCUUUUCUGAUUGACCAAACAUGAAAAGUCUACCUAUCAUAAUUAAAGACUGGUAAAAUAUUGAUCACUGGAUUUAAGCUACUUGUGGCUAUUUUAGCUUAUCUUGCAGAUAUGUAAUGGAUAAACGCAAAACUAAUAUAUCUUCUUAAAAGAAAUGUUUAGCAGAUAGAAUAGUUGCGCAUAAAACACUUUGUUUGCAUUUUUAUCAAGAUGCAAGUUAUGUUUUAAAGGACCCCUGGCAGAAUUGUUGAAAAAGGAUCCUGCUUAAUAUUGUAUAUAUUUCUGCAAAUCAUCAUGUUCUUGGUGAGAUAAUCUUAGAAGGAAGUGUGGAUGGCCAAGAUUGUAUUGUUUUUCUAGUCUUUAAGACAUCAGAUGCUAACAACUUGCAUCACUUUGACAUUUUUAAUGUGAUUUAUAAUGAGGUGAUAUGUGUGUUUUAGAGGACAAUACCAUUUUAAAGUCAAUAAGUUAAUGAAAUAGGAAAGUUUAUGAAGAGGCUAGCUGUCCCUGAACCUUACUUGUAACACUUAUGUAAAAUGUGUGUGACUUCCUGGUUUUUAUUCAUUCAGCAUGUCAUAAAAUGAUUGAUAAUCAGCGGAAAUUAGUAACAAACAAAUGUAAAGCCUAUUAUUAUCAUCAUCAGAUGUCAAACAUAAUAGGAUGUUUUGUUUCCUGUUGGUUAUUGAAUCAUAUAUCACUUAUGAUAACUUGAGUGCAUUUUCUGUAACAGUAAUGCUUUAAAAACGUUUACAUUAUUUAGAAUGAUAAGUUAAUAUAUCUUCGAAUGUUACCUGCAAUGGAACUAUAUUGUCUUCUAUAACAUGUAAUAAAUUUUACAUCUUAA